CAUUUAGAGCGGUUUAUUUUCAAUUAUAUUAAAUGAGAUAUCCGUAAGUGUUUUAUUAGACAUAUGUCGUUACAAUGACCCAAGAAAGAAAGCGUUUUUUGUACAUCAACCUCGGAACGCAAUACUAUGCUAAUGUGAACUUAUGCUAAUGCGUACUUCCGGCUUCCGUUACAUUGUUACGGAACUAACUUGUACUCUUGUUUAACCCCUGAUAGGUUUUCAAUUUCUGAUUGCAUGUUGUGCUUUGUCCAAGUAGUCCUCUGUUUAAAAAUGCCAGACACAAAAACUAGUGAAGGCAAGUGUAUUUUACAACUGUGGCGAGUUUGUUGAAAUGUGAAGUCUAAAAUGUGCGACUUAAGUAUCUAAUGGAUUACACCUGACUGAUGCCCCACCAUUGUAAUCGCAGAGGAACAGAAGAUGACAGUCCUGAAUCUAUCCUUUGCUGCGUGUGGGUUCUUGGGGAUCUACCACCUUGGUGCCGCAAGUGCCUUUCUCUGCCAUGGGCACAAGCUAAUGGGCUCCCUUAGGGUCUGUGCAGGGGCUUCAGCCGGGGCCCUGGUGGCCGCUGUAAUGAUUACAGCUCCUGACAAAUUGGAGCAGUGCAAAGAGUUCACCUACAGGUUUGCCGACAGUGUGAGACUGCAGAGGUUUGGAGCAGUCACACCAGGAUACAACUUUAUGCAGACACUAAGGGAGGGCAUAGAAGAUAUUCUGCCCAGUGAGGCUCACACCCUGGCUGCUGAACGCCUUCACAUCUCAAUAACACACUCCAGAAGCGGCAAGAACCACAUCAUGUCAAGGUUCACCUCCAGGGAGGAGCUCAUAAAGGCUCUGUUGGCCAGCAGCUUCGUCCCUGUCUAUGCUGGACUUGAACCAGUGGAGUUAAGGGGACAGAAAUGGAUCGACGGAGGAUUUACUGACAGCCUGCCAAUUCUGCCUGUGGGACGAACCAUCACAGUGUCUCCAUUUGUCGGGACGCAGGAUGUGUGUCCUCGCCACAGGGGGCGCUUCAGCACUCAGCUGAGGCUUGCCAACAUGAACAUUAUGUUUUCCGUGGAGAACAUCAAACGGUUAAACCAGGCUCUUUUCCCUCCACCUGCCAGAGGCCUGCAGUUCCUUUGUGAACAGGGUUUCCAUGAUGCCAUGAAGUUCUUAAAGAGAGAGGCAUUGAUGAGAUGCAGUCGGUCCAAGGUGUUGAGGAUGUGACCUGGGAGCAGACAGGACAUAAAUGCAGGCCUGAUCUUAUCGGGUAACGUCCGGUGAGGAACGCCGCCCUGCUGGGGGUGCACAGGCUCGCUGCAGCGAUGUGAUGAGUGAGCUUGACGCCGUCCUGAGCCAACUGAUCAAUAUUUGGCGUCCUGCAGAGGAG